UGUCCGAGACCAUGCCCGCAUGCUUUGCCACUUGCGCUGUUCGGAGCUGGUGACGCCCCUUGACCGGUGACCACAACAUCUAGUCUGACCUUCGUGGUCUUGUACCGCGCCAUCCGUUCAACCGGAGAAUGACCAUCAGAGCCAUCGUCUACGCCUACGUGCUCGGCGGACUCACAUUCCUUCCUCUCCUCGUUCUCGCCGCCAUAUUCAUCACUGUCUAUACCUCCGUCCCCGUAGGCGACCUCGACGCCCAGAAGAAGCGCAGGGACUCCCUCGAGAAGCACGACCCCGAUGACGUCGCUGCAGCCGCCGCUGAUGAACCACUCGAGGUGAACGAUGCGCCCCGGACGCGGAAGGGGUGGCUCACCGUGCGGCGCACCUUCGAGGAGACGGGCGAGGAUGCGGGCUACAUGACGCUCAUGCGCACGUUCAUCGACUCCCAUUCGAAGGACCCCAAGAAGUCGCGCCCGAAGGAUAUGUGGUAUGUCGCACUGAAGGGGAAGGUGCUUUACCUAUACGAGGACGAGACGAUGAACGACUGCGAGGCGGCGAUCGAGCUCGGUGGUCAUGAGGUAGUCGUCUACCCGGAGCGACAACUAGAUGGCGAGCUGUUUGCGAAGCGCAACGCCAUCUGCCUCAAGCCGAAACCGCAACAGGAGGGGAUGCCCAGUCUCGCAAGACAAAUGACACUGGAGAAGGAGAACAUCGACGAGAAGCUCCCCGACUCUGACACCAGCAGCAAGAAUGAGAAGGAGCGCGAGCGCCUAGAGGCUGAAGAGCAAGCAAAGGAGGCCGCACGGCAAGAAGCACUCGACCCAUCCACACCUUGGUUCAUCUUCGUCCGCUCCAACGUCGAAAUGGAGGACUGGUACCUCGCCCUCGUGCACGCCUCCGACCACCCUGCCCAAACCAACAUCCUCUCCCCACUACGCCCCAUCUACGAUCCCGCGGACAUGCAACGCCUCGUCGACACCCUCGACGCGCAGCCAGAUGUCAUUCCGAUGCGCUGGUUCAAUGCUCUUAUCGGUCGCAUAUUCUUCAGCUACUACCGCACGCGCACUCUCGAGGACUAUCUCAUCGGUCGCCUGAUGAAGAAGCUCUCCAAGGUCAAGCGACCAGGUUUCCUCACAGACGUCGUCGUGACCGAGGUCUCCGUUGGCAAUCGGCCGCCCAUGUUCAGCAAGCCGAUGUUGAAGGAGCUCACGAGGGAGGGCGAUGCGUCUAUGGAAGUUCACCUGCAGUUCAAGGGCGAAGUCAGAAUAACGGUAGAGGCGACUGCGACAAUCAACAUCGGGACUUUCCGGUCUUACACCGUCAAGCUCAUGCUUGCGGCUGUGCUGAAGGAACUUGAGGGCAACAUGCUGGUCAAGGUCAAGCGACCACCGUCCAAUCGCAUCUGGUACGCCUUCACUAAGUCGCCUCGCAUGGUGCUCGAAGUCGAGCCCAUCGUGAGUGACCGGCAAAUCACCUGGACCAUGAUUUUGAGCCAGAUCGAGUCGCGGCUGAAGGAGAUUAUCGAGGAAUCGGUAGUCAUGCCGAACAUGGACGACAUCGCCUACUUCGACAGCCUGCCCUUCUUCCACCGAGGUGGGAUCUGGGAAGACGCGGUUCGCACACUCAAGAGGCAACCAGCGCCCUCCGACCCUGCCACCGCAUUGCCGAAAGACGAAUCGCCUACUAUCGACACCUCAGACGACCGCCUCCCGCCUGUCUCGGCCCCUCCUGCGUCAGCCCCUCCGAUGCAGCAGACAUUCAGCACAGACGCUAUAACAACAACGUCUGAAACCGCCACGUCGGCGUCUCCGCCUAAGGCUGAGCCCUUACGCCCGUCCGCUACGGUGCAGGAGGCGAAAGCAGACCGCCGGAAGACCUGGUUCGCUGGGGCCCGCGCGCCGUCUGAACCUAUCCCUACUCUCAUAACGAGCGAUGCGGUUCCGGAGGAGCCCGAAGAGGAAACUACCGACCGGGGUCGACCAGCGGAGGUUGGGAGUGGGUCCACUCGUUCUCAGUCUACUCCCGAUAGACAAGCGUCGCUUUCUGCCGACAGGUCCUCGGUCGUCGGGAAGGACUCGCAGCAGACUAUUCGGAGACCCUCGCCUGCUCCUAGUGGCCGGUCUACCUCUUCCCACAGCAACAAUGCUCCCGACCUGGUCGAGACGCCCGCGACAGCGUCGGACCAGGACAUUCCUACACCGCGCAGCGAUGCACCCCAACCACCGCCCAGUCCCUCGACCUUCCUGUCGACACUGAAGUCGCGCGCGGGCAACAAGGAGUCAUUAAGCCUUACGGCGAAGGAGACGAUGCAGACGGUUCGGACCUGGGGCGUGAAGUGGGCAGCGUCGCGGAGGAAAGACUCCAUCAGCUCGAGCUCGACCUCUGCGCACAGCGAGGAGGUUCCGGAUCCAGGGCAGGUUACGGAGAGGUUGCGAACGGAGAGCAUACCCUCAGGGAGUAAGAGGAAUAGCUAUGCGGAUGUUCGAGCGGCUGUGGCAGGGAGGAGGGACCGAUACGACUCCACACCGGGCGGCUCUGCACCCAUUACAAUCCCGCAACGCGCGCCACUUUCGGAGAGGCUGUCGUCAAGUGCCGAGGCGAGCGGCAGCGGCCUCGCCCGAACUACAUCUAACACCUCCGUCGGCUCCCAUGCCUCUUCCAGUAACGCAGCCGGCAAGAGCGUCUCCCCGCAUGGCACGCCCGUCAAACGCCCCACAGUCGACUCGGAGGACGAGGCGCCCCCACCCGCGCCCAUUCACGUCCAGCCGCGCGCGAUGACGAUGAGCAUCCCGGGCAUACACGCGAAACACAAGGGCGAGAUCCAGUCGAUGGGCUACGUCGCGCCCGAGCCGCAGACGCCGACGCAGCAGGAGAACAAGCUGAAGCCGGCGAUACAGAGCGUGUAUAGGCUGUGGAAAAACCCGUCUGCCCCCGCGCAGGCGGGUGACGUGCACUCGGAGCGCGAGCCCAACACGAGCGCGUCUGAGUCGGAGGAGCGGGGCGAGGGGUCGGGGAGGCGAUGGACGUCGGACCAGCACGGUGGGGAGCCUGGAAGGAGACCGCCGCGCGCGCUGUCGCCGCCUCCGUUGCCGGAGAGGAAGAACCGGACGUCGAUAUCGCUGUCGAGGCCUCCUCUGUCGCCGUCGCAGCUCGCUGCUGACUCGCCCGGGACGUCGGCGCAGGCGGUGCUGAAGACGAUCGCGAGCAAGGAUCGGGUGCACUCGCAUGAAGACGGCGACGCGGCUGGCGGUGCCACAAAAUCGGAUACCGCUGGCUCGCCACCGUCGUCGCCUGCGAAGGAUGGUCUACCGAGGCAUAUGGAAGAGACGGAGGCGCAGUCUGAUACAUGAUACAUAUCGCAUACCAUGCACACUUCCAUUUCCUCUCGUUUUGCAGCGCAAGUAUGUACUUCUAGCAUCUUUUUGGACUUUUCCGAGGCAACCACUAUUGUUUUGUCCUGCAGUGUUGCUGGUGAGAGCGAUGUGUACGGAGACGUCCGCCAAGUCAGUGUCGACAUCCAUUGCGACAGUCGGGCCACAAAUGACAGUGCGCCACCGUCC